UGGGUAGUUCAAACCUCCAGCCUUUAAGUUAGCAGCCAAGCAUAUUCACCAUUUGCAGCACCCAGGGACUCUAAAAUAAAGAAAUUAGGAAAUUUGCUGAGAGUCCAACACAGGUUUAUCUGACUCCAACGCCCUCGUUCUUUCCUUUAUGAAACUAACUAUACGUUGACCCAAGCCAUCCUGAAAUGAACUGCAGGUAGAGUUUAAGUUUCUUACUGCACUGGACAGAAACAGAAAAGCAGACUGACCAUUGGUGGGAAUUAAGCUUUAAAGCUAGAGAACGAAAUUACCAAAAGCCCUAGCAGAUGUCUCGGAGAAUUAUUGUAAAACCUUAAUAGGAUGGGACAGUGUUCACAUACUCCAUAGUCCUAAUCAAGCAAAACAGAAGGAUUCAGCUUUACUGCUUACUAAGCCACAGGAAUAUUAUCUAGAUCUCUUGGAGGCUCACAAGACUCAUCUUUCAGAUUGAAAGGCCUUUGACUAGUUGUCCUCCUUCAGCCAGCCAGACACCAAAAGCAAUUUCCUGCAAACGAAGGAAUCUGCCGUAAGCCUGCAGGACUGUUAGGAAGUUCCUCACAACACAAUAGGCUGCGUGUUUAAUCUGUGCACGUAGAGACCUUGCAGAACCACUCAGGCUCAUUUCGCUCUAAGGCCAAAUGAGGAAAAGCAAGGCUGAGCGCAGCGGCCAACAACAGACCGAGGGCUCAAAGGCUGCGUGUCAACCCCAUUAGGACUGCCCGUGGGCCGUGUCCCGGGAAUCUGUGCCACGUUCAUCUGUGAACUAACCUGGAACCCUGUAUCAGGAAACUACUUUCCUAGGCCAGCUGCUUUCAUUUCUUUCCUUAUUUUUGCUUAAGUCAUAAAAGAAGAGUUUUAUUCCACUGGGGAUUUGAAGGAAGAAAAAAAAAACUGAUUCUGAUCCAACUUCAUCAGGAAAAAAAUAAGGGCUGAUUUUGCUCUCCAAGUCACGUAGUUGGUUGAAGUCCAUCCCAUUCCAGGAGUGCUAUUGUCUGGAGUCACCAAGUCUCAGUCCUGAGGCCAGUGAGAAGGCAUUUCCCCCUCACCACUCUGUCCUUCGGAAGAAUUGGUGCAGGUGACCAUUUCUGUCCUGUCCUGCGUUGAGUCUCAAGACUCAGUAUAGAAAUCACGAAGCUGAACCUAACGUUCUCUGCUUCAGUGGAGAGAGAUGGGUCUUUUUAACAAGGCUCAUCAACCAGUGGGCAUUUUUUCUUCCUCGGAUAAUAAGUGUUGGUGGGUUAACGGGUCAUCUUCAGGCGAGAGGUCAGCAGAAAAAACUGCAGUGUUCAAAGCUGGAGCUAGAAAGACCAAGCCAUCAAAGAAAGCAGCCUGCAGUGGGCAGCAAUGAUGUAUAAGGCGUCCACUGGCCAGCCCCGUCGGAGAGGUCAGAGCGAACCUUUAUCUGAAGCCAAGCCCGGUGAAGGUCACUGAAUGUGUGUGACGCUGGGCUGGGGCGGCCCUCGUGAGAAUCAGUCCGGGAAGCGCUAGUGAGCUGCUUUUCACUGAGGGAGGAUUGUAUUCCCACUCGUUGAAGAUCGACGUUGGAAGUACUUUGAACAGUGAAAAGAACAAAAAAAGCAAGCAGCCACCAAGAAAAGAGAGAGAGAGAAAGGUAUCAGCAGGGGUGGUUAGUGAAAAGGGGCCUGGAGACAGAAAAGCUUUUGUUCCCAGAGUUCGUUUCAUGUAGAGAUUGUGAGGUGACUGGCUUUGAAAUGAAGUGGGUUUGUGAACAGUUGCUAGGGCACAGGAAGCAGGACUGUCAGGCUGUUUUGUGAAGCAGUUUCUUUAAAAUGUAGGUUAAUCUUAAAAAGAAUUUAUUCCCUUUUCUUGGAUUUUCUUUCUUUUUCUCCUUCUCUUUUGGUGGGGUGGAGGGAGAGUUAGGUUGGGGAAGGUUCUCCCCUUUCUGUCGUAUUUUCCAACCUUUUUCAUAACGUAAAAAAAAAUUAUCACGUUACAAGUUCUUUGUCAGGAGUUUUCAGAAGCUAAACGGUAGGCGGGGCAUUACCUUGAUUCGUGAGCCAAUGGCCGGGCAGUAUGCAAAUGAGUCCGUGAUCCGCUUGCCCCGAUCACAGCGUUGAGCUCAGACGCUUCGGAAACUUAACUGUGCGCAGGGCUCGGCGGAUUCUGGUGGACGAACCAGCUCCAUCCAGGGACCUUUCUCAUUUUCAUUUCACUUAACACUCAAUGGAGGGACGGACACUGCAGUGCUUAAUGCUGUCGUACUAGGUUAGGAAAACGGCUCAAUUCACCGCUGCCAAAAUGAAGUAUAAGAAUCUUAUGGCAAGGGCCUUAUAUGACAAUGUCCCAGAAUGUGCUGAGGAGUUGGCCUUUCGCAAGGGAGACAUCCUGACAGUGAUCGAGCAGAACACAGGAGGACUGGAGGGAUGGUGGCUCUGCUCCUUACACGGGAGGCAAGGCAUUGUUCCAGGCAACCGUGUGAAGCUUCUGAUUGGUCCCGUGCAGGAAAUCCCUGCUGGUCAGGACCAGCCUCCUUCUGGACUAAUGCACCAGGCCUUUGGCCAACAGAAGCUCUAUCAAGUGCCAAACCCACAGGCUGCACCUCGGGACACCAUCUACCAAGUGCCACCUUCCUAUCAAAACCAGGGAAUUUACCAAGUCCCUACUGGCCAUGGUACUCAAGAACAAGAUGUGUAUCAAGUGCCACCAUCAGUACAGAGGAGCAUUGGGGGAACCAAUGGUCCCCACUUAAGUAAAAAGGUGAUAACCCCAGUGAGGAUGGGCCAUGGCUACGUGUACGAGUACCCAUCCAGAUUCCCAAAGGACACCUAUGACAUCCCUCCCUCCCAUGCCACUCAAGGGGUGUACGACAUUCCUCCCUCAUCCAUGAAAGGCCCUGUGUUUUCCGUUCCAGUGGGAGAGAUAAAACCUCAAGGGAUAUAUGACAUCCCUCCAAGCACUGGGAUGUAUGCCAUUCCACCUUCUUCUUGUCGAGAUGAAGUGGGGCUUAGGGGCAAGGAGUAUGAUAUCCCCCCUCCGAUGAGACAAGCUGGAAGGCUACAGGUCACACCGGAGGGCGUUUAUGACAUCCCUCCAGCCAGCACCAAGCCAGUAGGGAAGGACGUUAGCAUGAAAUACAACUGUGAUGUUCCAGGAGCUGCUGAGCUGAUGUCCCACAGGCACCAGAACAUGUCUCUGAAUCACGCACCCUCACUGCUGGGACUGCCAGUGGGCACUCAGAACGAUGCAUAUGACAUCCCCCGAGGAGUUCAGUUUCUGGAACCACCAGCAGAAACCAGCGAGAAAGCAAAUCCGGAAGAAAAAGAUGGUGUUUACGAUGUCCCUCUGCAUAACCCAGCAGACACUAAAGGGUCUCAGGAUGUGGUAGAUGGGAUCAACCGGUUAUCAUUCUCCAGUACAGGCAGUACCAGGAGUAACAUGUCCACAUCUUCCACCACUUCCAAGGAGUCCUCAUUGUCAGCUUCUCCAUCUCAGGACAAAAAACUCCUCCUGGAUCCAGACACAGCCAUUGAGAGGCUCCACCGCCUCCAGCAGACCCUGGAGAUGGGUGUCUCCAGCCUCAUGGCCCUGGUCACCACUGACUGGCGGUGCUAUGGGUACAUGGAGAGACACAUCAAUGAGAUACGCACCGUAGUGGACAAAGUGGAGCUGUUCCUCAGGGAAUACCUCCUUUUUGCCAAGGGAGCUCUAGCGAAUGCUUCCUGCCUCCCAGAACUCAUCCUCCACAAUAAAAUAAAGCGGGAGCUCCAGAGAGUUGAAGACUCUCACCAAAUCCUAAGCCAAACCAGCCAUGACUUAAAUGAGUGCAACUGGUCCCUGAACAUCCUGGCCAUCAGCAAGCCCCAAAACAAGUGUGAUGAUCUGGACAGGUUUGUGAUGGUGGCAAAGACAGUGCCUGAUGAUGCCAAGCAGCUAACCACAACCAUCAACACCAAUGCAGAGGCCCUCUUCAAAGCAGGCCCUGGCAGCUCGCAUCUGAAGAAUGGGCCUGAGAGCAUCCUGAACUCGACUGAGUACCCCCACGCUGGGUCCCACAAGGCCCAGGCCCACAACAAGACAUUACACCCAAGCCUGGGCAAGGACCAGCCCCCUGACUGUAGCAGCAGUGACGGCUCUGAGAAGAGCUGGAUGGAUGAUUAUGAUUAUGUCCACCUACAGGGCAAGGAGGAGUUUGAGAGGCAGCAGAAAGAGCUAUUGGAAAAAGAGAAUAUCAUCAAACAAAACAAGAUGCAGUUGGAACAUCAUCAGCUAAGUCAGUUCCAGCUGUUGGAACAGGAAAUCACAAAGCCCGUAGAGAAUGACAUCUCAAAGUGGAAGCCCUCUCAGAGCCUCCCAGCCACCAGCAACAGUGUGAGUGCUCAGGAUAGGCAGUUGCUCUGUUUCUACUAUGACCAGUGCGAGACCCAUUACAUUUCCCUCCUCAACGCCAUCGAUGCUCUCUUCAGUUGCGUCAGCUCAGCCCAGCCCCCGCGGAUCUUUGUGGCACACAGCAAGUUUGUCAUCCUAAGUGCACACAAACUGGUGUUCAUUGGAGACACACUGACAAGGCAGGUUGCUGCCCAGGACAUUCGCAACAAAGUGAUGAACUCCAGCAACCAGCUAUGUGAACAGCUCAAGACUAUAGUGAUGGCAACCAAGAUGGCGGCCCUCCACUACCCCAGCACGACAGCCCUGCAGGAGAUGGUACAUCAAGUGACAGACCUGUCUAGAAACGCUCAGCUGUUCAAGUGCUCUUUGCUGGAGAUGGCGACGUUCUGAGGAGAAAAGGAGGAGACGGGGACCGAGUGGGUUCUAAGGACAACUGGAAAUACUAUCUGGUUUUUGUAAAUGCUAUCUAUUUUUGUAGAUACGAAAUAUUUUAAAUACAUUUUACGGAUUGGACAACAUUCAGGAAUUCAGGGGCCUGGAGAUGGAAAAUCUUUUUUUUUUUUUUUUUGAUUCUUAUGUAUACAUAUAAGUAUCUAAGAUAUAAACUGUACAGAAACUUGUCCACUUGCUUAUGUAUGCCUGUGUAUUCAUGUUUGUUUGUAGAUGUGUGUCUGAUACAUUCCAUUAAAAAACAUGAAAUAAGCACCUUAGUAAGCACCUCCAAAUGCUGCAUAUGUUUUAGAAAGCAUACCAGCUGGUUGUGAUAGUGUUAGACAUAUACUUGUGGUUAUCCUGAGCUGGUCGCUCCCAAGUCUGGGAAGCAAAGAAUAUUUGCAAGUGUUCGCCUCCCAAGUAAUGAGGUAUGACAUGACUUGUUCUUGUUUUGAAACCCCUUCCAAAAUGGACCGUCUUGACCACAUUAUGGCAAAAUGUCCCCACUUUCCAUUGGAAAAGCCAUCGAUGAGUUGCAAACACUCUACAUUAAUAUAAAAUCUGAUAGGUGUUGGAGAGCGGAGAGACACGUAUACUUCAAGGCCAUGUCCACGGUUAGGGCUGAGAUGUUUCAACACUGAGAGAAGCCACAAGAAAAUGAGAGUAUGUGUUUCCCCGUGGCUGUUUGAUCAUCUGUAUCUGUGAGUGAUUCAGCCAUGAGGUUUUCCAGAGGAUGUUUUUAGAUUUUCAAAAACCAUAUUAUUUGUAGCAGGAAUUUAUAAAGACAUACUAGACUAUGAAUAUCCACAAAAAAGGAGGAACGGCUCCAUCUGCCAGUUGUAGAUGCCUUUCUGACUCUCAGUAUUCACUCGGGUGCUACAAUUCCCAUUACCUGAAGGAAACUGGCCAGCUCUUUGCUCAUCUGAACUUUAGAGCCACCAGGCCACGUUCUACUCUCUAAAGAGAAUUCAUUGCUUGAUCUCGCACCCUCCUCAACACUCAUACUGUGUACCCAGAGCAGCUACACAGAGUCCAUGUGACCUUACAACUCUGUCUGGCCAAUGACCUUGCAUAUAGAGUCCCUUCCCCUAAUCUCACAACUAGGUGACAACAUCCAUACCACCAUCUAUCUCCUCACCCACUCGGUGUGGACACAGCGAAGUUAUACCGCAAGCCAUCAGAUUCAUCAUGGGGAAAAUGAAAUACUUCCUACCUGGUACAUAAAUGUGCCCAUGUAUUACCAAGUCAAGAAGCAUAUUAUUUAUGGUAUUUCAGUCCAGUUCUUCUCUAAUGGUUUUAUUCUAGCCUAUUUGGAAACAUGUUUAUAUUGUAAUAUAUGCCUUUAGUGAAUGAAGCUUGCUUGUUAUGAACAACCAAGAUGUUGGAACAGGGAAGGAUGUAACAAGGAAUAAUGCACAAUCUCAAUGUGAUAAAAAAAAAAAAAUCAGUGGAACUUGUCAUAGAAGGUGCUUCUCAAAACAACUGCUAUUGUAAUUCUCAAAGUUCUGCUUUGUCAAAAGAAAAAAAGUAAAAAGUUGUAUUGUUAUCUGACAAGUAAGUGUGUGGGAUGGAAGGGGGUCGCUGAAAAUCAACAACACUUGAAAAAGAUUAAAAAAGUUGUCCUUAUAGAUUUUAUUGUACAGUGUGUAUUUCUGAAGAGAUGACAGACUUGUUCUAAGCUAAGUGGUGACAUUUCAAGUUUUCAAAACCAAACUGUUCAAUCUGUAUUACUUUCUUUGCCAUCUUGUAUGUAAAGGCCAUUUUUAAAUCAUUAAAAUUUUAGAUCUCUG